AUGCGUCAAUUCGGUACCGAAAUAAGUGCUAACCGAAGGCCGGGGGCAGAGCUUUCAUCUGAAGCCCGCGCCGCUAUUAUAUUUGCACGUGAAUGUGGUGUAUCGCCUACUAAAAUCGCUUCCGAUAUAGGCGUUGCGCGGUCUACGAUAUACAAAACGAUUGAACGCUUUCAACAACAACACAACACAAAAUCAAGGCCUCGCUCAGGUACCCCUAGGACAUUUGACCUCUCAACAUUUAAAUAUACUGUUCUUCUAGCGCGUCGGGAGCCCUGGAAAAGCCUCAGUGAGCUUAGUGCUACGAUACCCGGUCAUCCAUCUCGAUCAACAAUUAAGCGAUUCCUCCGCCAUAAAAGUCUUCGGAGAUUUAGGGCGCGCCGUUGUAUACCUAUUUCAGAGGUAGUUGCUCGAAGGCGAAAGAAAUUUUGUCGAACUUGGCGCCGUGAGGCCCUUAAUUCCCGCCUCGAAGACUUCAUCUUUUCUGACGAAUGCAGCGUCCAACGUAUUCCGAAUUUAAACGGCCAAUAUGUUACACGCCUUGAAGGAGAAGCAUAUCGGCGGGGACUUGUGCUUGUUAAGCCUCAUGUAAAGGAUAUUAGUCAAAUGGUUUGGGCUGGUAUCUGGCUUGGGGGGCGUACAAAUCUUAUGAUUAUGGAGCGUGACUUUUCAGAGAAUCAAAAUGGGGGCUAUACAACCCAAUCAUACAUUGAUGUCUUAGAAAAAGGUUUUAUUCAACACUACGAACCUGGAAUUAUCUUUCAGCAAGAUAACGCCAAAAUCCAUCGUUCAUAUAGGGCGCAAGAGUGGUUUGAACGUCACGGUAUUGAGGUGUUAGAUUGGCCUGCACAUUCGCCCGAUCUAAGCCCUAUUGAACCCGUGUGGCGUAUGCUCAAACGCAAAUUAUAUGAGCUAUACCCUAAUCUUUUGAAUUGCGGCACCUCUGAUGCUGAUUGGAAGCUAUUCAAAAAGGCGAUAAUUGAGGCGUGGGAUGCCCUAGAUCAAAAUAAAAUUGAUAGCUUAAUUAGAUCGACGCAUGCGCGCGUACUUGCUUGCCAGCGAGCUCUGGGCUUUUAUACGCGGUUCUAG